AUGUCUCGCGCAUCAAAACUCACAUUGGCGGGGACGUCUCUCUUCGCAGUCGGCACAGUCUUCUUUGUGCACUACACCCAGCAGGCUGAGAAAACCGUUCGUCUGCUCGACCUUUCCACCAUCAGCACAAGCUAAUUAUGAUGGCAGGCAAUGCACGCAGGCGUGGUCCGAGACAUGCAGAACCAACAAGCAAAACGGGAGCGUCAGCUCGACUUCGAGAUGCAAAGGGCCAUGGAGGAAGAAUACAAAAAGCUACAAAGCGUACACGAUGGAGGACCUGCCGAACCGCGAUGA